AAAAACGAUAUCUCAAUACCAUCAAUCUAUCUCUUUUUAUUUCUAUAAAACCUAUUUACACUCUUACCAGAUCAUACAAAAUGUUAGCCGUUCAAGUCAAGCAGCCAGGAGACGCGUCUCAGCUGUACAUUGGUGAAUACCAGACUCCCACCCCGACUGAUACUCAGCUACUCGUCAAAAUCAAAUGUUUCUGUCUGAAUCGUAUGGAUAUUAACCAGCGUGAGGGUAACUAUCCUCCUCCUCCUGGUGCCAGUCCUAUUCUGGGAGUAGAACUAUCUGGUAUAGUUGAGUCAGUUGGUAAAAAUGUCACCAAGUUCAAGAAAGGUGACGCCAUUUUUGGAUUGAUUCCCGGUGGAGCCUACGCUGAGUACGCGGUUAUAGAAGAGGGUUUGGCUAUUCCCAAAUCAGAAAAUGUGUCUUUUGAGAAAGCUGCUGCAAUUCCUGAGACAUGGUUUACUGCAUACCAGGCUCUCUUUUUUGUGGCCGAGCUAAAAGAAGGCCAAGAUAUUUUAAUUCAUGCGGGAGCAUCAGGAGUCGGAAUAGCUGCCAUUCAAUUAGCUAAAGAUUUUGGCGCCAACAAGAUUUUUGUCACAGCUGGAUCUGACGAAAAGGUAGCAUUCUGCGAAAAACUUGGUGCAACACGAGCCAUCAACUACAAGACUGAAAAAUGGGCUGAUGUUAUCGCAAAAGAAACAAAUGGAAAUGGCGUUAAUGUAGUCGUGGAUAUGAUUGGAAAAGAUUACUGGAAUGACAAUAUCAAUUCACUUGCAAAGGAUGGGCAUAUGGUAAUCCUUGCAUUUAUGAGUGGUAAUCUGGUUCCCAACUUCAACAUUGCCCCAUUGCUGUUCAAGCGUAUUAGAAUUGAAGGAACUGCCCUCAGAAGUCGUUGUUUGGAGUAUCAGAUCAGACUUCGUGAUGCUGUUUAUGAAAAGGCUAUUGCACAUCAUCUGUGCAAAGACGACGGUGCUGUAAAGGUGUUUGUUGACAAAGUGUUUGACUGGAAGGAUAUUGUGGAAGCUCAUAAAUAUCUUGAGAGCAACCAGUCAAUGGGUAAAAUUGUUGUUCGUGUGAAUUAAGUUCAAUAUAUAUAUAUAUACAUAUACAUAUAAAUAUAAAAAUAUAAAAAUGUAUAUCCUCUUUAUCAAUAUGAUCGAUAUUAUCGUUUCCAGUUUUA